AUGCCGACUAAUACCGCCGCGUGGUUGGUGACUGAGAAAGCGAGCUUCCUCGAGGUAAAGCAGGCAGACUACACAUCACCUAGCGACAAUGAGAUUGUAGUCAAAAACCACGCCGUCGCCCUGAACAUAGUCGAUUUUGCCAGACAGUUCAUGGGCAAUGCACUCUUCCCAUGGGACAAAUAUCCCUGCAUACUGGGAUCCGAUGUGGCCGGCGAAGUUCAGGAGGUUGGAACUAGCGUCAAGAAUUUCAAAGUCGGGGAUAGAGUGCUAGGCAUGGCAGUUGGCCUCAAGACCGGUCGGCCGGCCGAUGCUGCUUUCCAGGCAUACACUGUGCUGCCUGCGCACAUGGCUUCCUCCAUCCCGAGUUCAGUAUCAUUUGAGGACGCCGCUGUCAUCCCACUCGCUAUUUCCACGGCAGCCUGUGGCAUGUACCAGAAAGAAUAUCUCGCUCUGCAACACCCGACCGCACCCAGACGCCAGGAUACAGGUGAAACCAUUCUGAUUUGGGGAGGAGCCUCAAGCGUUGGUACAAACGCCAUUCAGAUGGCAAUCGCAUCAGGCUACGAUGUUAUCUCAACCGCAUCGCCAAAGAACUGGGACUAUGUCCAAAAACUAGGCGUUAACCUAGUCUUUGACUACCACAGCGAUACGGUCGUUUCCGACAUUGUCAAAGCUUUUGAUGGCAAGAAGAGCGCAGGCGCGUUGUCAAUUGGCCAGGGGGCGACCAGCAUUUGCGCAGAAAUCGUGUCGAAAAUUGGAGGCAAACAGUUCGUGGCCAGCGCCAGCCCGCUUCCGCCCCAACUCCCGGAGGGUGUGGCCAGCAAGUUCAUUUUUGGCAGUGAUCUCAAGGACAAUGAAGUUGGCCCUGCAAUUUACGUAGACUUCAUUCCGGCCGCGCUCAAGGAUGGCUCUUUUGUUCCAUCGCCGCCAUCUCGAGUAGUCGGAAAGGGGCUGGAGGAUAUUCAGAAAGGACUGAACGAGCUUACGAAGGGGGUCUCCGCUGAAAAACUGGUUGUUACUCUUGAGUAG